UUACUUUAAUAAAAUAAGGAAAAGAAAUAACGUUAACCUCCUCCUUUUGCAGUACCGCUUUUGUUUUCACAAUCCAUUCGCUUCUCCUGCAACCCGAUCGCUUCGAUCUCUGAAUCAUAACGUCGUAUCAAAUCCGUGUCAUUCAAGGAUUCCAUAAGGUUUUGGUGCUGGACUUGGAUCUCUUAGUUGGGUGGUGGGUGAACUCUCUGAAUGGAUUUGGUGUCGAAUGUGCGGGAGUUUGACUACUUGUUUAAGUUGUUGAUGAUUGGAGAUUCUGGUGUGGGCAAGAGUAGUCUCCUUUUGAGUUUCACUUCUGAUACUUUUGAAGAUCUCUCACCGACCAUUGGUGUUGAUUUCAAGGUAAAAUAUGUUAAAGUUGGGGAAAAGAAUUUGAAGCUUGCAAUUUGGGAUACAGCUGGUCAAGAAAGAUUUAGAACCUUGACAAGCUCAUACUACAGAGGUGCCCAAGGAAUCAUUAUGGUGUAUGAUGUGACACGGCGAGAAACAUUUACGAAUCUGUCUGAUAUUUGGGCCAAGGAAAUCGAUCUUUACUCAACAAAUCAAGACUGUAUCAAGAUGCUUGUUGGGAACAAAGUUGACAAGGAGAGCGAGCGAGCGGUUACCAAGAAAGAGGGUAUAAACUUUGCUAGAGAAUAUGGAUGUCUUUUUAUCGAAUGCAGUGCUAGAACCCGUGUCAAUGUACAGCAAUGCUUUGAAGAGCUUGUUUUAAAGAUCUUAGAUACACCUAGUCUGCUAGCCGAGGGCUCCAAAGGCGUGAAAAAGAACAUCUUUAAUCAGAAACCGCCAGCGACUGAUGCAUCUACGAGCAGCUGUUGCUGAUGCCGAUCAUUCUCGUAGGUCUUGCUUAUUUUAGAUCCAAAUGAAAUGCUGUUGUUGGUCCCUCACCUACCCAGAUUUCAAUCCCUUAUUGUUUUUCCUAAUCCUGUUUGACAACAAUUACAGUUAAAUCAAUGUGAUAUGGUAAUGCCUUGGCUUCCUUCAUUUAUUUGUACUGUAUCCUUGACAUGAAGCUUUCAAGUUCA